AUGCUCUUGACGCGCACGCCACCAGCCCCGCGCCUUCGGAUAGCGUGUCUCGGCCGACCUGCGCGCACUCUCGCCACGCUCAGGCGGGUCGGGCGGGUCGGCCGAUGGGGUGUAACCACUGCUUGGGCCCCGACACGUUCUGGUGGCCACGGGCCGCUCGGAAUCCGGUCGCCACUCCAGGUCCGCGGCAAGAAGACGAGGACGGUGGUGAAGCUUGAUGAGCUGCCCCAGGGAGUCGUUGCCCCGCCACCCGAGCUGCUGCGGCCGCCGGAGGAAGAUGAGCCCGCCUAUCCGACCGUGGUGCUUCAGGCACGCCGCAACAUGCAAAAGUUUGACAACUGUGUGCUGCUCACGCGGGUUGGUGGCUUCUACGAGAUGUACUUUGACCAGGCCGACGAGUACGGCCCGCUCCUGAACCUCAAGGUAGCACAAAAGAAAACGAGUGUCGGCCCGGUCCCCAUGGCCGGCUUUCCCUUCUUCCAGCUGGAUCGCUUCCUCAAGAUCCUCGUCCAGGACCUCAACCGCCACGUAGCCAUCGCCGAGGAGUUCCCCAACGACCCGGCCGAGAAGGUCAAGUCAGGUGGGUUGAUGCACAACCGACGGGUGACCCGUAUUGUCACCCCGGGCACCCUUAUCGACGAAAACUUCAUGGAUCCCUACGCAAGCAACUACGUCAUGGCGAUUCACCAACCCGAGCCGGCGGCUGCAUCGGAUGAUGCGAGUUGCCAGGGGGACAGAGAUCAGCGGCCGUUGGGCACUCCAGAGUCUGCCAAUAUUGCCGAGGCCCCUGUAGGACUCGCAUGGCUGGAUCUGUCGACCGGCUCCUUCUUCACCCAGCCGACCACUCUAGCCUCGCUCGGCUCCGUGCUGACUCGGGUGUCACCUCGCGAGAUCGUCCUCGACAAGGCACUCGAGUCGGGUCGGGACAACGUGCUCCUGUCUGUUCUCCAGGAAGAAAGGUACCUCGUCUCCUAUUCGCCCCAUGGCGAGCUGCGGCAGCUCUCCGACUGGGCUCCCCUGCUGGAAUCGGAGAUACCCGCCCAUACGGUCGACAAGUUCACCGACAGUGAAGUGCAGGCUGGGAAUCUCCUACUCCACUACGUCAGGGACCGACUACAAGGGCUGAGCAUGAAGCUGCAGCCGCCGCUCCGUCACGAGAGCAUGCACAUCAUGCACAUCGACAAGAACAGCAUGCGCUCCCUGGAGAUCAAGCAGACCAUCAGGGACGGCGCCUUUCGGGGCAGCCUGCUGCAUGCGAUCCGACGAACCCAAGGCGCCCCGUCGACGUCCCUAGAAGUUAUCAAUUUCAGGCAGGACCUAGUCGCCCGCUUCAUCGAAGAUGAGGAGCUCCGAGACGCCAUUAUCGUCCUCCUGCGCAGGAGCCACGACUCCCAGCGGCUCGUCCAGAAGUUCGCGCUCAACCGCGGCGACCCAGACGACCUGCUUCGGCUGGCCAACACUAUCAAAGCGACCGAGGACAUCGUCAACCUCCUGACCGCAUCUACCUCGGCCGCCCGGUCUGGCAGCAGCCCGGCGAAGGACGACGACUGUCUCUCGACCAUGGUCGGCCGCAUCAGUCUCGACCAGCCGCUGGAGCUUGCGCAGCACAUCCGCGACGCCAUCGACGAGGAAGGUCUCGUGCAGCAGCACCAGAUCGAGGACAGCGAAGCCGGCGAGAUGAUGGCGCUCGCGCAGGAGAUCGUCAAGACCGAAGGCACCGAAGAGGACAGCAGCCUGCUCCCCAAGGGCGCAGCCUCCAAGGCGGCCACCAGCACCAAGAAGAAGAACCCCGCCUCCAUCCGCGACCACUACGGCGAGGACAGCGAAGUGUGGAUCAUGAAGCCCGGCGCGUCGGCCCUGCUCACCCGCCUGCACGAGCAGCUCGCCGCCCUCCGCCGGGAGAAAGAGCAGCUCACCGAGACGCUCCGGGCCCGGCUCAACGCCGCAUCACUCACCCUGCGCUGGACCCCGACGCUGGGCCACAUCUGCCACGUCAAAGGCAAAGACGCGCGCCAGCCGCCGACGGCGCACAAUAACAACAACAGCAGCGGCAGAGGCGGCAACGGCGGCGGCGCGGACCAGCCGCAGCAGCAGCAGCCGGCAGCAACAGCAGCGAUCCGCACGCUCUCGUCCAGCCGCACGACACGGUCAUUCCACCAGCCGGAGUGGACGGCGCUGGGCGAGAGCCUGGACAAGCUGCGGUUCCAGAUCCGGGCGGAGGAGCAGCGGGUGUUCGCGGGGCUGCGGGCGCGGGUGGUGCGGGGGCUGGUCAAGCUGCGGCGCAACGCGCGGGUGCUGGACGAGCUGGACAUCGCGACGUCGUUCGCGCGGCUCGCGGCGGAGCAGGGGCUCGUGCGGCCGACGCUGACCGCCGCGCCGCAGACCGUCAUCGUCGGCGGGCGGCACCCCACGGUGGAGGGCGGGCUGGCCGAGCAGGGCCGCACGUUCCAGCGCAACGACUGCUUCCUCGGCUCGGCGGUGCCGGCUGCACAAACACACGGCCGCGUCUGGCUGAUCACGGGCCCCAACAUGGCCGGCAAGUCGACGUUCCUGCGGCAGAACGCGCUCAUCACGAUCCUGGCGCAGAUCGGGUGCUACGUGCCGGCCGACUACGCGUCGCUGGGCAUCGUGGACGCCAUCUUCAGCCGGGUCGGGUCGGCCGACAACCUGUACCAGGACCAGAGCACCUUCAUGGUGGAGAUGCUCGAGACGGCGGCGAUCCUGCGGCAGGCGACGCCGCGGUCCUUCGUCAUCAUGGACGAGGUCGGCCGCGGCACGACGCCCGAGGACGGGACGGCCGUGGCGUUCGCGGCGCUGCACCACCUGGUGCGCGUCAACAGGUGCCGGGCGCUGUUCGCGACGCACUUCCACGACAUCGCGGACCUGGUGGCGCAGCACGGCUUGCGGGUGCAGGACGGAGGUCCGGACGGGGCCGUCGACAUGUACUGCACCGACGUGGAGGAGGACGAGAACGGCGGGUUUAUCUACGUUCACAAGCUGCGCAAGGGGGUCAACCGGCAGAGCCAUGCGCUCAAGGUGGCGCGCCUUGCAGGGCUGCCAGAACAGGCCAUCCGGGUGGCUCAGCAGGUGCUGCAGCAUUCAGGGGUCGACAUCUCGUCCCACAGGGGAGUGGAGCAGGCAAAGGCACCGGCGUCAGCAGCAGUUGUAGCAUAA